GCAGCUCACCGGAAGUGACGUUCCGAAAGGCGUCGGGCCCUAACCAUGGCCCGCAAGGCCGCGCAAUGGCCGUCGGAGGAAACCCUGUUGCUCUGGAAACGGGAACAAGCCCGGCUGAAGGCGCGCAUGGUGGACCGGGACACGGAGGCCUGGCAGCGGGACCCCACCUUCUCGGGCCUGCAGAGGGUCGGGGGCGUGGACGUGUCCUUCGUAAAUGGGGAUAGUGAUCGGGCCUGCGCUUCCCUGGUAGUGCUGAGCUACCCAGAGCUCAAGGUGGUGUAUGAGGACAGCCACAUGGUUCACCUGAAGGCCCCCUACGUGUCAGGCUUCCUGGCCUUCCGAGAGGUACCCUUCCUGGUGGAGUUGGUACAGCGGCUGCAGCAGAAGGAACCAGGCUUCAUGCCCCAGGUCCUUCUUGUGGAUGGAAACGGAGUGCUUCACCAACGAGGCUUUGGGGUGGCCUGCCACCUUGGUGUCCUUACAGAUCUGCCCUGCGUUGGGGUAGCUAAGAAGCUCCUGCGGGUGGACGGACUGGAGAACAAUUCCCUGCACAAGGAGAAGAUCAUGCUUCUUCAGGCUGGGGGAGACACGUUUCCUCUGAUGGGCAACUCUGGGACAGUCCUGGGAAUGGCCCUGAAGAGCCAUGAGCACAGCACCAACCCCCUCUAUGUCUCUGUGGGCCACAGAGUAAGCCUGGAGGUCGCUGUGCGCCUGACCCACCACUGCUGUAGGUUCCGGAUCCCAGAGCCUAUACGCCAGCACUCUGGGCAGGACCAGUGGGAGCAGCCCUGCCAGAGGCUCUCACAGCGUCCUUCCACGGCCACAUUGAGGAGGCUUGUGCUGGUGCCAAGGACGCCAAUUAGGAUGGCCCCCAGGGCGUGGCUCUUCCAGGCUGACAUCCGCUCCCGAGACUACAUCCGAAGGACUCUAGGACACCCUGGGUCUCCUGCACAAAGGCAGGAGAGGAGCCAGAAGGAGCAGAGGCCAAAAGUAUGCCCCAAAGAUGGCCCAGGAGCACCUGCAGAUCAAGUCAGGCCCCCCGAGGACUAUGGCAGAGACUCCAGCACAGACCUGAAAGACCCCCAGCCAGGCUUCCAGGAGCAGCAGAAGGACCAGCAGUUGGAGAGAACUGAGCAUCAUGAAGACUCAGACCUUUGACCUCCUCCUCCAACCUGGGUACAGUCACCACCCUGAGAAGAUGAUCUCUAGGAACUAUGGGAACCUCACCCACAGCCACAGGUAGAGCGCCAGGCCCCAGAGGCAACGGUGACCAAAACCCCAGCGCUGAUGGCUACCCAGCCUCCUCAGUCGCUGGCCGCUCAGUGUCGUCGCCAUGCCCCAGCGAUUGAGGAGGCUGGGUAGCCAUCAGACCAGGAAACACACAAGCACCCAGCACACAAGAGCUGCAGGCUGCAGGCGCCCAGGGCCCUGAGGUUGGCAGCCUGCGCCAGCACCUGCAGCUUGGUCCUUCCCCCUUGGAACACAGAUCUGCUUCUGGCUUCGCCCCUCUACCCUCAGGGGUCACUGUUCCAUCACCAUCCUGGCCACAGGCUGCCAGGCUGCGGUCCCCAAGGUGCCUGUCCUUAAGCCUACCUACUGCUGCGCUUGAGGGACCUGCAGUGGGAAAGCCUCCGCCUGGAGCAGGCUCCAGAGUGGGCGGUGGGGAGUCAGCUCCACAGAGGGUGCCAGAUGGGAGCCGGUUGAGGCCCAUGGUGAGAAAGGCCCAGGCUGGGCUCCUCACUUCUCUUCCUGCCGCCUUCUCACCAGAGGGAGCGUCAAAAUUCCAUCCCACCAAGAGAGCAGGUCUGCUCUAGGCCAGUGGCUUCUCUGAGUGGCUUAAAGUGGUUACUGAGGCAGCCACAGAGGUGGCCACCAGCAGCAUGGCUCCAGUACCCUGUCCUCCCGUACAUACACACAUCCUCUAGAUUCACCAGAGUGGCAGCUGAGGUGGGACACAGAGGUGACCUACCUGUAUCAUGUCCCCUGCCUGUACCCUAAUCCCCAAACUCCCUGGAGGAGAGGCAACAGGUGGUGGGUGAAGCUAGCUGCCAAAUCCUGUGGACACCCGUGGGGGGAUCAGGACGGACCGAGGGCUAGUGAUGAGGGAGGGACAUCAGGGACGGCUCUCCGUGAUGAUAUCCGGUCCCAUUUAGAUCCAGCUGGGCUCCCUCCUGAGCCAGUCUGUAGUGACUGUCAAGACCCCUGGGGAGUGGGUCUGCUGCUGCAGUCUCUGACAGAACUGGCAGCGGGUUCCCACUCCCUGGGAUUUCAGUUUGGGACAUUAGGAAAAAUGUACAUGUGGUCCUGUCACCCAGUAAGUUCCCAGGAAAUGAGGUAUGAGGCAGAGGGAGGCAACCUCCCCACCACACACCUGAUGUAAGAGCCCCAGGGACACCCAUGGGGUCAGAACGGGAAGGGAAUCCCUGUGGUGCCCACAUCCCUCACCUCCCAUGAGGGUGUGUGGGAAGGGAAGUGUAUGCUUGGCCAGGAAACCCCCACCCCAGCUUUGGCCUCACUCCACCUACUUGCUGAGUCAGAGUCCCGGGCUAGUACCCUGGGUUUAACAGAGUGCCGCAGACUAGCAGGUCCCCAGAGGUACAGCCCCCUAUCACUCCCCUCCCCUAUCACUCACCGACAUUCUACACAUACGCACGUGCACACACAUGCACAUGCACACACACACAUUCCCUGACGCUCCUGUGGAAGCCAAGAGCUGGAGAGCCUGCAGCUGCCCCCACCAUCUGUCUUCCUAACUUCUUCCAGAUUCUCCCUCCUCAAGCCCUGUCAAGACAGUUGUGGGGGGGGUUUGGGGGGAUUGGAAGCAAAAGCUUGAGGCUGAACUGCAGUGAC